AUGAAGGCUACUCUUUUCACUCUUCUCAGCACCGCUGCCACAGCGGUCUCUGCCGCGGCCCUUCCUGAUGGUGUUCAGGUUGUUGACAACCCUCUCGAAGGAUAUAAGAUUGUUCCGAUGGAGUGGACUGGUUCUAUCAAAGAGGGAGCCGAGCCCAUCACUCUGACUGGUACCGCUGAGGAAGUUGUUGCUCAGAUUCAAAAGCUGAACCCAGACUACGUGUUUCCAGAGGACAAUGCCAACGAAGCUGAGGUUGAAAAGCGCAGCCAAGGUCAUAUUAUUUGCAAAGUUGGUGGCUUUGGAGCUAUGGACGUACGGGCUGCUCACCGGGAAAGGAACUACCUUCGCUCGCUCGGGAACAACGUGUGCCAUGUUGGCGCAGGACCUCGCACGUGCACUAAGAUCGCCUGCGCUACUGGCGAUGCCAUCAUCCUUUGCAACGACAACGGUCACGCGAUUUCGCCUAGGUGCUCCUACCUCGCUGAUUACAUCGACCACAUCAUCGCAGCUUGCUCUUGGACAGUCAACAGCCCUCCUUGCACUGUGAGGCCUUGCGCUCCUUCUUGGUCUGUUCAGAUGGUCCGAGGGCAACAAUUCGAUUCUGACAACUACAAUGUUAUUGUUGCGAAAGACACUUGCUAA